AUGGCUGCCGUCAACACUGCUCUUCUGGCCCGCCAGGCCGCCCGCGCCAUCGCCAAGCGCGGCGACAGCUGGCCCGCGAACAACGUGGGCGUCAUGGUCGUUUUCUGCAUCGUCUUUGUCGUUGCCGUCGGCGUCAUUGGCUUGUACAUUGCCAAGUGCCUUAAGCGCAGAAAGGAGCGCAACCAGCCCAAGUACUAG